UAUUGUUCGCGGUGAAGUGUUUUUGGUGUCGCUUGUUUGGAAUGGGUUUGAUAUUUUUACUUUUAAGAUUCAUGUAAAACAUUGCUAAGGAGCAAUUUUUAUGAAGCGUAAACUACGUGCAUCGUCGUUCUACUGUGACGACAUGGAAGAACUUAAUGCUGCAUCGUUGUCUCAGCGAAAAGAAUCAGCCGCUUUAUUAAGAGCAGGAAGUGAUGGUCCAACUUUAAAUUACCCAUUCGGCUACCCCUUAGCCCUCGUCCUCAGAUUACGAGUUUUACAGAUUGUAUGCGGUAUUUCAAAAAUAGUGAUGGGGAGUGUAGCAUUCAUUGAAGAGCGUCAGAAAUUAAAUAUGGGGCUGGGUAUCCCUGCUGGCAGCUUGAGUGUUUUGGCAGCUGCUAUGUCAAUACACACGACGCGCGGCUGGGGCGCAGUCACAAGCGGAGCGAUUAGCAUUUCAGCGGCAGCUGUUUUGUGGACAUUAUCAAUACUUAUGCUGCUGGCGCUAAUUAUACAGUGCUUUCGAACAUUAUUGGUUAUACCUGAUGAGAACGAAAGUGUCUAUUCACAAAAUGAAUUUCUGACGUCGUCACGUGAUUUGACCAUAAUCGCUUGCAUACAAAUCACCCUGGCGUUCAUCACACUCUUGAGCGCCCUUGUUUGCGCCCGAAUCGACUUCAGUACCUGACGCGAACCCUCUGGACCACUUACUCGCCGUCGCAUCAGUGAAGCGGCCGCGACUGCUACAACGUCCGCACCCAGUGUACCAACUGCUUUAGAUCGCGAAAAGAGAGUUGCCUGGCUUACGUAAACAUAUUAUUAUGUUACUCAAGUGUCUGAUUUCUUUACAAACGUGAAAACCAUUUCAUAUUAAAUAAUAAAAAAAUUAAAUAAUGUUUGUUGUUAGUAGAUAAUUUUAAUAUUUAAAAUUACUUAUGACAGUUAAUAUACAUUGUUCUUUCAUCGUUAGUACUGAAAAAAUCUUUAUUCAAAUUCAAUUCAAUCAGUACAUAAUACCAAUGAAAUUAAUGUGAGAAAAGACGUGUUUCAUGAAACAUAAUAUUCUACAUACUUGGCCUGAGAUAAGCUUUUGAGUAGGCAUGACGCUAACAAGUUCAUAAUUCAUAUCGCGGUGACUGAGAGACUGUUAUAAUUAAAUUAACGUUAAGCUCCUAACUUUAAUUUUCGUUAUUUGUAUACAGUAAAUGUGGACAAUUUUCAAGAGUAAAAUUACGCCUGUCUAGAUUACUCUUUGUAAUAAAGUCGUUGGUACUGAUUACCUCAUACUUUUUCUUUUGCUUGAAACAUAAAUAGACAUUGUUCCCUCUACCACUCUAUUACAAUUUCUUUGAUUCUUUUCACCUACAAUAGAUAAUAUAGUAUAAGUUUUAAACAUAUGAAUAUAAAAUACAUUUUCUUGCAUUGUAUACGCUACUUUUAUACGAGAUAACUAUUUAAUUUAAAUGUGUAUUUUGAUGUAAUGUUGUAUAUAAAUUCGUAUAGCGUAAGAGAGCACGAUUGUAUACAUUUAUUUAUAAUAAAGUUAUAUAGUUUUUUUCUGCACAGCUACAAUUCUGAACCCCGGUCAGCGUCACAUAAACCUUAUGACCGUUUGGAAAUGUUUACAUAAGCGACACAUUUUAUCGUACGAAAGUCCGCUUUUGUCAAUUAAAAUCAAAGAGGCCUCCAGCUUAGCCAAAGGGUAAAUUUCACAUUACCUGACACAGAUCAAAGUAAGGCAAACAAUUAUGCGGUUGUUAAAUUCAAUUGCAACUUCAAACACAAAUUCAAGUUGUUGUUAAAGCGUCUAUAGGUUUAAAGCUUUAUAAUACAUAUAUCAUAAAACCUUAAAUAAGCGUACUCAACAAAGCCUGUACCACUUUUACCAAUUCUUUUUUUUAAAUAUUUGUUGAAGCCCAGUUAUGUUUUUUACGGCGGAAAAAAUUCGAAUAAUUUCCGGGAAAACCUUAAAAACAGCCCU